AUGGUACAAUUAAAACCAGAGAUUCAAUCAAUCUUUCAGGAAUCUACUUUAGAAUUCUAUCUAAAUGGAACGAAAAUAAUACUUCGCGAUCCGAAUCCCCUAUGGACACUCCUAGAUUUCAUCAGGUCCCAGGACGAUCUCAAGGGUACCAAGCUUGGGUGUGGUGAAGGAGGAUGCGGAGCUUGUACAGUCGUGCUUCAGACUUUUGAUAAGUCUUCUGACUUUCGACUGAUAAAGCAUCUCGCUGUAAAUGCUUGCCUAUUCCCUUUAGUAGGAGUCGUUGGGAAGCAUGUCAUCACCAUCGAGGGUCUUGGGAAUGCCGAAAAUCCUCAUCCACUACAGGAACGUAUAGCAACGCUUCACGGAUCACAGUGUGGCUUUUGUACUCCUGGUAUUGUCAUGUCAUUGUAUGCCUUAAUCAGGAACUCUUACGAUCCGAUAUCAAAGGUAUUCCAACUAUCUGCAAAUGAUGUAGAACUGGAGGGUCAUUUGGAUGGAAAUCUUUGCAGGUGUACCGGGUACAAACCCAUCUUGCAGGCUGCAAGGACCUUCAUCACUGAUGAUCUGAAAGGAAAGAUCUCUAUUCUUAGGUCAGAUACUAUUGAUGAGAAUGGGCCCGAAACGAAUCUUCCCAGUAUACCAUUACACUCAGAUAUUGGUCCUAUCGACGUCUCAAACAAGAAUGGUUCUUGUGGAAGAAUUGGAGGGUGCUGUAGAGAUUCACCAGAUAAUGGUUCUAGCAGACCUCGAUCUAGCUCUCCAGAAGAAUCUUCCAAUGAAAGCCCUGCUCGACUUUCUGAGACCUCAAUAAGUUCUCCUAACGAUGAUACUAUGUUUUCGAACAGCUCGAUGUCACACGAUUUGAAAAAUAUUCAACAUUCAUUCAUACCUCACCAUCCUCAAAGCGAACUUAUAUUUCCAACAGCCCUCCGUAAAUUUACUAAGACGCCGUUAUAUUAUGGAAAUGAUACGAAUAUCUGGCUCGUACCGACGACACUCGAGCAGCUUCUCCUUAUAAAGGAAGUAUAUCCCACAGCUAAGUUAGUAUGCGGAGCUAGCGAAACCCAAGUUGAGGUCCGAUUCAAAUACACCUCAUUUCCAGUAUCAGUUUAUGUUUCGGAAAUUGAAGAGCUUCAAGACAUUAACGUUCCAGAGGAUGAUAAAGAGUUUCAAUCAUGUACAGAAAUAAUCUUUGGAGCAAAUACUCCUCUGACAGGGGUAGAAGAUGCUUGUCGAAAACUCUCUCAAAGGCUUGGCCAGCGAGGUUCGGUCUUUGAAGCUAUAAGAAAGCAACUUCGAUACUUCGCAGGAAGGCAAAUUCGCAAUGUUGCUUCUCUUGCCGGAAAUAUCGUUACUGCAUCCCCUAUUUCCGACAUCAAUCCUGUGCUGAUGGCAUCAGACUCUAUCUUGACCAUUCAGAGCAGAGCUCAAGGAAAGAUAGAAUUACCGAUGUCCGACUUCUUCGUUUCAUAUCGUACUACGAAACUUCCAAUCGAUGCCGUUAUAGUAGAUAUUCGAGUUCCCUUGCCAUCACCUAAUGUUCGAGAGAUCACCAAAGCAUAUAAGCAAGCCAAGAGAAAGGAUGAUGAUAUUGCAAUUGUAACGGCUGCAUUUCGAGUGCGACUUGAUGAUGAUGCUGUCGUCUCGCAAGUAUCAUUGGUCUAUGGCGGAAUGGCACCAAUGACUAUCAAAGCAUCCAAAACUAUGAAAUUCCUGCUGGGCAAACCUUGGAACGAUUCAACAACGCUCAACAAAUCUAUGGAGCGUCUAGCCGAAGAAUUCAAUUUGAAAUACGACGUUCCUGGUGGGAUGGCAUCAUAUCGUCAAACCUUGGCCAUAUCUCUCUUCUUUAGAUUCUGGCAUGAAGUAAUUUCGGAUCUUGGCAUGGGAAAUGUAGAUCCUGAUCUGAUCAACGAAAUACAUCGAGGUAUUUCCUCGGGUACUAGAGAUAACCAUAAUCCAUACGAACAACGUGUUGUAGGGAAACAAAUUCCACAUUUAUCAGCUCUCAAACAGACGACAGGAGAAGCGGAAUACAUAGAUGACAUGCCUCGGCAGCAUCGGGAACUAUUUGGUGCUAUGGUUUUGUCCAGCCAUGCUCAUGCAAAAUUGGUGGAGGUAGACUGGACAUCUGCGGUUGAAUCAGGCCUCGCUCUAGGCUACGUUGAUGUCAACAGUAUCCCAAGAGACGCAAAUCUUUGGGGAUCUAUUGUGAAAGAUGAACCAUUCUUUGCAGACGGAGAAGUAUUUUCCCAUGGUCAACCUAUAGGUUUGGUAUAUGCAGAAACUGCUUUACAAGCACAAGCCGCUGCUCGGGCCGUUCAGGUUGAGUACGAAGAUCUUCCAAUUAUCUUGACUAUCGAUGAAGCAAUUCAGGCGAAUAGUUACUUUCCUUAUGGAAACAUGUUGAAGAAAGGAGUUGCAAUUGAGGACAAAAUGGACGAUAUCUGGGCAUCAUGCGACAAGAUCUUUGAAGGUACUACUAGAAUAGGUGGUCAAGAGCACUUUUACUUGGAAACUAAUGCCGCAAUGGUGAUUCCGAACAAGGAGGAUGGCACAUAUGAAGUAUGCAUGGAAACCCAAGAAUUCGUAGCUCAAGUAACCGGCGUGCCCAGCUCCCGCGUCAAUGCCCGAGUGAAACGGAUGGGCGGAGCCUUCGGUGGUAAGGAAUCUCGUAGUGUUCAACUCGCUUGCCUUCUUGCUGUCGCAGCCAAGAAGACCAAACGACCCGUGCGAUGCAUGUUAAAUCGCGACGAAGAUAUGAUGACAACCGGACAACGUCAUCCGAUACAAGCUCGAUGGAAGGUCGGCGUUAAAUCCGAUGGUAGAUUGAUUGCACUGGAGGCAGAUGUGUACGAUAAUGCUGGGUUUUCACAAGAUAUGUCAGCUGCGGUGAUGGGAAGGUGUUUGACGCAUUUCGAUAAUUGUUAUGAAAUACCGAACGUGCUGCUAAGAGGUCAUGUGUGUAAAACGAACACACAUAGUAACACAGCAUUUCGAGGAUUUGGAGGACCUCAAGCUAUGUUCUUCACAGAAACAUACAUGACUGCCAUUUCCGAAGGAUUGAGCAUCCCCAUCGAUGAACUCCGGCUCAGAAACCUCUACAAACAAGGAGACCAUACUCCUUUUCUUCAAACGAUUGACCAGGAUUGGCAUGUUCCACUUCUCUUGGAUCAAAUCAAACACGAAACGAACUACCCUCAACGACUCCUCGAAAUCGAAACUUACAACCAAGAACACAAAUACCGCAAACGCGGCAUAUCCCUCCUCCCCACCAAAUUCGGUCUCUCCUUUGCAACAGCUCUUCAUUUAAACCAAGCAUCUGCCUCCCUCAAAAUCUACGCCGACGGUUCCAUUCUUCUUAAUCACGGGGGUACAGAAAUGGGCCAAGGGCUAUACACCAAAAUGGCUCAAAUAUGUGCUCAAGAAUUAAAUGUGCCAAUCUCCUCCAUCUUCACACAAGAUACAUCAAGUUACCAAACCGCAAAUGCAAGUCCCACGGCUGCAAGUUCAGGGAGUGAUUUAAACGGUAUGGCUGUUAUGGACGCCUGUCAGCAAUUAAAUGCCCGUUUAGCACCCUAUCGAGAAAAGGUGGGACAAGAUGCAAGUAUGAAAGAAUUAGCACAUGCAGCAUAUCGGGAUCGGGUUCAUCUUAGUGCAAGCGGAUUUUGGAAGAUGCCACGGAUUGGUUAUGAAUGGGGUGUUUAUGAUAGAGAAAUAGUAAAGGAUAUGUACUAUUACUUCACCCAAGGAGUAGCUGCCACGGAAGUAGAACUCGAUAUCCUUACAGGUCAUCACACGGUUCUCCGAACAGAUAUCUUGAUGGAUAUUGGAAGGUCCAUAAACCCGGCCAUCGAUUACGGCCAGAUUGAGGGGGCGUACGUACAAGGAAUGGGCUUAUUUACUAUGGAGGAGAGUCUGUGGACGCGUGAGGGCCAAUUGUUUACCAAAGGACCGGGUACAUAUAAGAUACCGGGGUUUGCGGAUAUUCCGCAGGUGUUUAAUGUGGCGUUUUUAAAAGAUGGGGAGGGGAAGGAAAAGAUGUGGCAGGGAUUGAAGAGUGUGCAGAGUAGUAAGGGGGUUGGGGAACCUCCGUUGUUCUUGGGGGCGGGGGUGUUUUUUGCGCUGAGGAUGGCGGUGAGGAGUGCGAGGGUGGAUAAUGGGUUGGCGGUUGGGGUGGGUGGUGAGGAGAAUGGGAAGGGGGGAUCUACGGGGUGGAAUCUGGAUAGUCCGGCUACGGUGGAGAGAUUGAGGAUGGCGGUUGGGGAUGAGAUUAGUGGGAUGGGGAGGGUAAAGAGGAAGGAGGGAGAGGUGGGUUUCUUUGUUUCUGUGGCUUGA